GGGCCGCGGGGUAGACCUACAGAGUACAGGCCGCAGCGGUUGCAGUUACCAGUUCGACUACUACCACUGCAGCCGUACCAGUAUCGAGCCGUGCACAUCCGCAAUCCAAUGCGCAGUUCCCGCUGCUAUGGUUGUGACACCGGCAGAAAGCAAGUCACUUACUCGACAGUUGCCGUCUGUAGUGAUAGUAAAAAAAGGUGUGCGUGCCAGACACCACGUAAAGUCGAUGUGUAAACGUUUCUUUGGAGUCGGUUGCUUUAGCGCGUGGUUGGAGAGCAAGGGAACUGCUAGCGCUAGUAUCUGAUGCGUAAGCAACGUAACCAGGUAUCUUGUGAAACUUUGCGAAACCUUGUUCAAGACGAGAGUUUCUCUAGUAUGGUGUCGAUGUGAGCUGAAGUAUGAGUUUGAGCGAGACACCAGUUGAGCCAACGUUGUCCGUUUGUUGCCUCUUGGAUUCGCGGCCGCUGGUCCAUCAUUUUCAGACCACUCAUUGAUAUUGGCCAGCUCCAGAGCAAGUCACGGAUUGCUGUACUGACUGUACCGGAGUACACCGACGUGUAACUACUGCACUGUGCAUGUGUGCUGUGUAGCGAGGAAAAACAGAUUUGUGAUUAUUUUACUAGUACCAUGACAAAGAAUGAUAUCGAUGGCGAAGAAGAGCAUCGUGACGUCACACUACAACAGCCUGAACGUCAUGAAGUGUGCCCUUCACCUCUUGAUCUUCUGAAGUUUGACUAUGAAGACAUUGAGCAUAGCAAGGCUGGGAAGGCUGUCGGCGAGCCAGGUGUUCACAUUCACGCGGCUGGAGCUAAACAGUCGCAACAGGAUAAAUCCAAGCAGCCACGCUAUCACCUAAUCAAUUUGAUCAUGGUCAGCAUCUGCUUCUUCUUCGUUUUCACAGCGUUUAUGUCUUUGCAGAACCUGCAGGCAUCACUAAACGAGCACGGCAAGACAUGCCUUGCCGUGCUUUACGGUCUGCUGAUUGUGGCCUGCUUCAUCACACCGCCUUUAGUUCAGCGCCUGUCACCGCGCGGCACACUGAUCCUGUGCAUCGUAGUGCACUGUGCAUACACCGCAGCCAAUUACUAUCCCGUCGAGUAUGUUCUCUUGCCGGCGUGCGCCUUGAUUGGCCUGGCCUCCGCGCCGAUGUGGACAGCGCAACAGAUCUACGUGACGACCAGCGCACACAUGUAUUAUGAAUACACCAAGACACCGGCGCCUACCGUAGGCCCAUCAAGCAAACAGGGCAGUGCUGCUGCUGCUGAAGGAGAAAGCACAAUAGAUAAAGUCAUGGGACGCUUUAACGGCAUCUUCUUCCUCAUAUUUCAGCUCGCACAGAUUUCAGGCAAUCUGAUAUCGUCACUGGCGCUCCGUUCAAGUGAUGCUGGGCAAACACAUGACGCAAGCUCUACGUGUUUGGUGUCGGACAUGAUGAAUUCUAGUGACAGUUACCUUGCUAGUGACAGUUACCUUGCUAGUAACAGUACCAGUAACCAUGGUAACAGUUCUCUUGGAGGUGAUGCCACUAAGUCGGUCCCGUACACUCUCUUGUCAGUGUAUUUAGCCUGUGAUAUUAUCGGUCUUGGUUUUUGCAUAUUCUGCCUUCGCUCCCUUACCAAGUCCGUCUCUCUCUACGAGGCUAAGGAUUUGAAGUCAACGCUUCUGGCGACGCUACGGAGUACGAUCAACCCAUACAUGCUGCUCCUCAUCCCCUCAGUCAUUUACAAUGGGAUGGAGCAAGCGUUCAUAUUUGGUGAAUUCACAAAGCACUUCAUAACAGAUUGUGUUGGCAUCGACUGGGUUGGCUACGUGAUGAUAUCAAUGGGUGUAGUGAAUGCCACCAGUAGCAUGCUGUGUGGGCAAUUGGCAGCUCGUCUUGGACGCUUGCCUAUUGUGGUGGCUGGCGCACUGGUCAAUGCUGCAGUACUGAUAUUCCUGCUCGCGUGGACAAGGAAGCCAGAUCUGCUGGCUCUCUUCCUAAUUGCUGGAGCAUGGGGAUUUGUGGACGCCGUCUCGAAUACUCAGCUCAACACUAUGUUCGGCAUCGUCUUCUCUCGAAAUCAAGAACCGGCCUUCGCCAACUAUCGUCUCUGGCAGGCUGUCGGUUUUUGUAUAUCGUUUUCUUACGGCGAUGCGUUGGAAAUGCCAGUCAAGCUGUGGAUUUUGUUAGGAGUCCUUUUCCUCUAUGUAGUACUGUACAUUGUGGCUGAGGUCAGGUGGAGUAGAGAACAGAAGGAGAGCAAAAGCAUGUUGAAUGUGCAAUGCAGCCGCCCAGAGCACCCUGUUAUACUGAGUCGUGACAUUCUCAUGUACGAGUUUAGUGUGUAGUACUCGGUACGUACUGAGCUCCUUGUUUUUGAUUUUUCUGGAUGAAGUUAUCAGUGUUCUUAUUAAAAUUAGUACAUGUACAAUGUUUUUUUGUUUUGUUAUUGUUUUUCUCCUUUUGAAUUGAGUUUAUUGAUUUGAGUUCUUUUUAAUUAUUAAUUAGAAAAUUGAUUUGAAGUUUUUGGUUUGGGUUUGAAAAUCUUUAUCUUACAGAUGCAUCAUUUUUCUGAUUUCUUCUCCAGUGUACUAGUAUUUAUUGCAUUUUAAUCCAUUGUGUUAAUUUGCCCAUAAAAGAGGCCUUUGAACACUACGUACUGAGCUCUGUGUUUUUCUCUUAUAUAGUGCAUGCUUCACGUUCGCGCUUAUCAGUUUGACCCCGGCUGAGCUCAUGCCUGCUAUCCCGUGUCUCCUCUACUUCUGUUUGCUUUCACGUGGUACACGGUUACGGUGUAGUGCUGCACGUGUUCCGUCAGCUUGAACUGUAGCAUAACAUGAUCGUACUUUCAGACGUUUAGUCCUGCUCACACUUCCUCAUUUUUUCUUUCUUGAACAUGCACUAUUUCUGCAGUAUGUCAAUAUUGUGUGUUAUCAUCUACUUAUUGAAUUCCAGUGCUAGUACAAGUACUCUUGUGUUUGUUCUAAACUAUAGUACUGUGCCCACCGUGAUGCCGAGACCUCAGGUCGGCAGAGCCAUCAAUUCCCCGCCACCACUAUUCAUUAUUAUUUAUUUCAUUAUAAUUUAUUAUUGUCGAGUUUAGGUAUGUGAACAUAGUUAAAAAUAAAAAUAAAAUAAACUGCUUCA